UGUGGUGUACACGUAUGUAUACAUGUAAUAAUAAUGUACGAUUCACACAACAUCAAGCGCCCUCGGGUGAUCGUCGUGUGUACAGACGUACUGACUGACGUUUCGUUAUUUCGCUAAAACGUCAUUGCGUGUAGUGUAUGCUUGUGUGGAGAACGUUGAUAAACAUCGGUUACAAAAUCUAACAGUAAAUAUAUGAAAAUUGUCCCGUUUAAAGGGCAAAGCGAACGGCUCGACUCGUGAUCGCGGCCUCUCAACAUUUUAUCGUGAAACGCUGAAUCAUUAACAGCGGAAAGAGUCUCUGUCGCGACGAUCGUGAUUAAAACUGCAGCAUAACUGAUCCGCCACGUAUGUAGAUCUCUGAUCUCGGUCUACCCUCGUUUCUAGAUGUUUCAUUGACAUGGACGCGUGUUGAACGUCGUCCCUCUUAAGAAACUGAACGUUAAACGCAGCAGAUGUAGUAUCGGGAAGUUUCGGAGGGAAAUCGACGAAUGACCUUGAGCCAUGCUUCAAGCGAUUGUUGCACCUUGUAAUGCGAUAUGUCAGACGGUCGUGUUUUUAGAUUGAUCUCAUCCUCGGAUUCGUUCGCGGUAAUCGACUGAUACGUGGAUCAUUCGGCUAACCCGACUUCUGACUCGUACCUCGGAGGAAACCGAUAAAUUAUGAAUAAUUACGAACGGUUCAUGUACGUUAACUGUUGAUUAGUCAGGUUCCACCUCGUAUGAUUUAGUUACUGCGAAAUCGUUUUUUCUAUUCUUCAAAUUGUAUUGUGUGAUACGCGAACAACGAGAAUGAGUUGCGUACGCUGUUGCUUAAUCAGCGCUGGUCGCAUUGCAUCUUGCAAUCACGUGGCGAACCAUGUUCACAAAAUAGUGAGGGUGGCAGUGACUAGAUCAUUUUCGGUCACCUGUGCUUUGGCAAAAGCACCUACCGAGCCCACACCACCUGGUAAAGAUACCACUGGCGGUGUUUCUUCCGUGGGUAGCGGCGGUGGAAAGAAAAACACGCUUACUUGUCCGAAAUGCGGGGAUCCUUGCACACAUGUUGAAACAUUUGUCUCAUCAACAAGGUUUGUCAAGUGCGAGAAAUGCCAUCAUUUUUUCGUUGUUCUAUCAGAGGUAGAUUCGAAGAGAAGCCUGAAAGAAGCUUUGAGAACGGACGAUACUAAGCAAGGGUUUUAUAGAAAACCGCCGCCACCGCCGAAAAAGAUUUUUGAGUACCUAAACAAACAUGUAAUAGGGCAAGAGUACGCUAAAAAAGUAUUGAGCGUCGCUGUAUAUAAUCACUACAAACGAAUCUAUAAUAAUUUUCCAGUGCAGAACUCGAUGCAGGGUUCUAUUAAUCCGAGCGGUACACAAGAUCUGAAUCAUCCCUUCACUCAUAGAGGUCUUAAACCACACUUACUGCACAUUUCAACGAUUGGAAAUUCGCUUGGUGUUGGAUUUCAGCAAUAUCCUACGGGAACCGAGCCCAAGUCGACUGACAAUCAGUCGCUGUCCGGGUCCGAUAUACUGGACAGCAAACAGCAUCAAUUGAAGUUAGAGAAAAGUAAUAUUCUGUUGCUCGGGCCUACUGGCAGCGGGAAAACGUUGCUCGCGCAAACGAUAGCUCAAUGCUUGGACGUGCCUUUCGCGAUUUGCGACUGUACGACGUUGACGCAGGCCGGAUACGUCGGCGAGGAUAUAGAGAGCGUGAUAGCGAAACUGCUCCAAGACGCGAACUACGUGGUGGACAGGGCGCAGAUGGGUAUCGUGUUUUUGGACGAAGUCGACAAGAUCGGCGCCGUGCCUGGUAUACAUCAGCUAAGGGACGUCGGCGGCGAGGGUGUGCAACAAGGGAUGUUGAAGAUGCUGGAGGGAACGAUCGUGAACGUGCCGGAAAGGAACAGCUCGAGAAAGUUACGCGGCGACACUUUGCAAGUUGACACCACGAACAUUUUAUUCGUUGCAUCGGGCGCGUACAACGGGCUCGAUCGGUUGAUCUCGCGGCGUAAAACCGAGAAGUACCUCGGAUUCGGCGCGACACCCUCCUCCGAGAGUCCGGGCAGGCGAGCCGCGAAUUUGGCUGACGUCGCGAACAUGUCACCCUCCACGGAGAGGGACAACAAAGAGAAGGACACGCUGUUGCAACAGGUAGAAGCGAGAGAUCUCAUCGACUUCGGUAUGAUCCCUGAGUUCGUCGGGAGAUUCCCUGUUCUCGUACCGUUCCACACCCUCGACAGAGACAUGUUGGUCAGAAUAUUGACGGAGCCUCAAAACGCUAUGGUGCCUCAAUAUCAGAUGUUAUUUUCAAUGGACAAGGUAGAAUUGACGUUCACCACCGACGCUUUGAACGCGAUCGCGACGUUAGCGAUGGAGAAGAAAACGGGCGCGAGGGGACUCCGGGCUAUCAUGGAAUCGUUACUCUUGGAACCGAUGUUCGACGUCCCCGGUAGCGACGUGAUGUCCGUGCAUGUGACCGAGGGAGUCGUGCGAGGCCAGGAGAAACCCCAGUACAUCAGAAAACGCGAGGUUUCCGAGGAGGAGCUACAAGCUCAGCAUAUACACAAUUAACAAAGAAUGCAUACUAAAGACACACCGCACAUUUGAUCGGUCUCUUAGAAAAUGGUGUGACGGAAGAAACUAUGUAUUUCGGGACGAUAGUUUUCGAUUCGACAGAACUUUUGUAAAUAAUAUAUCUGUUCGUUGAGAUCGAUGCUUCUCAACGGGACAAGGCUACACUACACGUGCAUUAACAUCCGAAAACGAGAUCUAUAAUUAUCCUGUGUUCAAUUACUCUGUAAGAGUAUAGACGGGGAUAAAUUGAUUCGAUGAUAUAUGCAAUUUACUUUGUGUUCAAAUAAAUCGUAAAAAUGUCAAACUUCA